GAUCCGGACUGACCGAGGUCUCCCAGUCAGGAAGUCCAGGAUCCAGUUGCAGAGGGAGGUGUUUAGUCCCAGCAGCUCAGCUUCCCAAUCAGGUGCUGAGGGAUGAUUGUAUUUAAUGAUGAACUAAAGUCUAUAAACAACAUUCGUGGGCAUCUGCGUACUUUAUUCUUCUGAGAGGCUCAGGACAGUUUGGCCCUUGCUGUUUUUUAGGCCAUCUUGUCCCCUGCUCUGAGGUUGGAGUCUCUAGACUUUAGCAGCACACACACCCUCGCAGUCAUCCAUGACUUGCCGAUGUAACUGGACACUGAUGAUUUUUACCAUUGAGUGAAAUCUCUGCCGAUAAUAAACUUCACUUUAACAGUCAGGUUUGUUCAGAGCCAAACACAGACACCCGCCUUCCCACUUGCUGCGCUUCUGCUACCACAAGCACCACUUUAGGUGAAGCUGAAGCUGAAGUCUGGUCUUCGCAGUAAGCCGAGGUCACGAAGCUUCUCCAGAACAUCAUCGUGCAUGUUGGUUGUUGCUUCAUUACUGUACUGAAAUAAGGUCUGGAGGUCAUAUACAUGAACACCGCUGUAUCUGGUGUCCGUGGAAAGUCGGGCUAAGAACACGAAUAGCAUUUUGGAUCCAGAGUGGCCACUGUGUGCUACUGCCGUGCCGCCAUCUUGGAUCACACUUGGAUCACACCGGUAACACUAUGUGUCAUUGAUGGAGAGGAUCCGUUUGCCAGUGUUGCGUCAUGUGGCGAUUUGUGGUGGCACACAUGGAAACGAGAUGACGGGGAUUCACCUGGUGCAGGAGUUGGAGAGACAGCAGAAAGAGAAAGGUGAUGCCCCCUGGCCUGUCUCUGUCACCUUGGUAUUGUCCAACCCACGAGCUGUGAAGGAGUGUAAGAGAUACAUCGACAUGGACCUUAACCGCUGCUUUACCAGUGCUACCCUCAGCUCUCCCAUCACUGAUGAUACUCCGUAUGAGAUACAGAGAGCUCAGGAGUUAAACUCUCUGUUGGGCCCCAAAGGUUCAGAAGGUGCUGUAGAACUGAUCUGUGACCUCCAUAACACCACGGCUAACAUGGGCCUCACCAUCAUCUCCUACUCGCAUAACAACUGGAUCUGCCUUCAUAUCUUUAAACACCUGCAGGAAAAAAUCACCAAUGUGCCUGUGAAGUUGGUCUUACUUAAUCUUCCACUUUCUGCAGCAUAUUCCCUCGAGUCUGUCUCCAAGUACGGCUGCUCUUUAGAAGUCGGGCCGCAGCCACAUGGCAUUGUCAGAGCAGACAUCUUCAACGUCAUGAAACAGGGUGUGGACGCCAUCCUGGACUGGACUGAAACCUUUAACUCAGGGAAAUUAAUUGAAGGAGGAGAGAUAGAGGCCUACAUCAUUCAAAAGAGUAUGGAUUACCCCAGAGACCCAAAGACUGGAAAACCGUCAGCUGCCAUUCAUCCACAGCUACAGGAUCAGGACUUCUGCCUGCUCCAGCACGGGGAUCCUGUGUUCCUGACGUUCUCUGGAGAGACGCUGAGCUACGAAGAAGAAGAACCUCUUCAUCCUCUGUUCAUUAAUGAGGCCGCUUACUACGAGAAGGGAAUCGCCUUCCAUCUGGCUCACAAGAAGACACUGAACAUCCCGGGGAUUCAAGCAGAAACAGCCUGAGAUCACAGGGAGACAUCAGGAGUUCAGGGAAAGAGGACAGGAAGCUGAUGAGCAAACAGCAAAGCCAAAGAUUUUAAUCUUUUUUUUUUAUAAAUAAAUCACAGCCUCAGGGAUUAAAAUGAUCACAACAAGAAUCCUAACAAAAAAAUUAUACAAUCUACUUGAAUUUUUUUAAUUUUAUCACUUAUUUUGAAAGUAAACUCUAUGUAUUUAAUCAGUAUUAUAAAUAAAUAAAAAUCACUACAAACAUCU